CUCAGUCUCCGGAUUAACCCGCUGGAGAAGCAGGAUUUUGGCAGAUACGUUUGUGAAGGAAGCAACCAUCUAGGAAUGGACAGAGAAGAAAUGGUCUUAUAUGAAUUUAAGCCGGAAACCACAACAACGCCUUCAACCACACAGAGGCCGUUUUAUGAAUUAAUACCACACAACCCCGACGACGGUGAUGAAGACUUUGACGACCGCACGGACGAGGAGAGUAGUUACGUCUCCGACAGGCAACGCCCUGGACAAGCCUCCACUGUGUACCCGGAUCACCACCAAGGAGGAUACCCAGACAGACAGCAGCCCACCAAAUCCCCAACUAGUAGAUAUAGUGGAGAGACGGGCAAUGAUCCUAGAUCCAUUCUCCGUCAAGGAAACUGUGCCUCAGAUGAAAAAUAUACUUUUAUUGCAUCCAUAUUGACUGUGAUGAAUAUUUGGUUGAUUUCUUGACCUCAACAUAUUGUAUCAUAGCUGACACCAAAGUGAAGAUCACAUGACGUCACAUCCGGCGGGUAUAUGACCCAAUGAGAAAUCUGAACAAGAAAGGUUUGCAGUGUUUAGACUGAAGAAUACGGUUGCAGAUGGACCUUGUGUGUGUGAUUUGAACAAGUGGUGUCUAGUAUCGAAGGCAAAGAUUUUAUCAGGCAGUAUUACUGAUUGGAAACCCCUUUCACGUUGUCAUGAUGCAUCUCGUGGAUGCCCAACACUGAGCAGAGAUACAUGCACUCCCUGGAACCAAAUGAACACAAGGAUGACGAACACAUCUAUAUAGGGUUAUGGCUUAACCCGACAUCACACAUCUGACGAGAUGUGCGUGAAAGCAAAGACGGUGUUUUUAAUGGUUAUUAACUGUAAUGAAACUGGUCCAUACCAGGCAGUGGAGUUCAAAUCAAUAUGUUUGCAUUUGCUACUUCUGUGACAUGUCCAGGUUCUGUACAAAGGUAUUUAAACUAGUUCAAACGUGUACAAUACACUGCUCUCUUGUGUUGUAUGAUAUCAAUGAUUGUAUGCAUAGUUCUGUAUGCAAGUGAAUCGUUCAACAUAUCCAAAUUCCUUCUUUGAUCAACGAAGCCAUCAUUCCGAUUUAUAUGUAUCUUUUACGAAUGUUUCAAAAGGUGGGAUUAAUAUAUCAGGAAAACAAUUAUUUUAAUGAAACAAAUUUGGAAAAUGACAUAAAAUCCUAUAUUAAUUAUACAUUUAAAUACAAUCUUAAUUUUUGCGAAAACAUAUUCGUAUAUUACGACACACUUUUUUUUAAAAUGAUCUCAUAGUAUUGAUUAAUAUUAACCAGUGUCUUGUAUUAGCUCAAAAUUCCAUUUAGGAUUUUUAUGCUAUUAUAGUAUUACUAAAUAUGUAGAACACAUUGCAAACAAAUGUCCUCCCAACCGGAGAGUUAUUUCGCUCUUCUAUGCACCUUCACUGUUGAAGUCCACCCUUUAUGACCAAAGGUUAUAUGACCUUGAUCCCUUGAUCAUUUCUUAAAUAGGUUGAAUACUUGAGAUUAAGUCGUUCACAUUGAAACUCGAGUUCACACCCUUUCAUAUGAACAUAAUAUGUGUUGUUGCAUAAGCCACGUUUGGCCAAAUUCUUGCAUAUUUAAUCGUCUUAAUUUGUAUCCGGGAUAAAUGAAAAAAAUGUUUUAUAAGUGUUAUCCUUUGCAUCACUAUUCAAAGUCAUUAAACUACAUUAGUACUAAACUACACAAAGCAUUCGCCAUUUCAUCAGGAAUCACCUUCUCGUUGUUUGUGUUUGAUUGCCAUUUCUCAAAUAGUGAAUUUUAGGUACUAAUUGAAGCUGCUGUAAUUAUUAUCCCAGAUCUGAAAUGAUGUUGUUUCUCCAUCUUUAAUGGAUCAGAGUCUCAGUUCCCCACCCUCCCUUCAUGCACCGCAUAACGGAGCAUAUUGCACCCCCUCUGUACAUACGACUGUGUAGGUAUUGAUUGAACGAUCUCUGGACGUGUGUAUCAAUGCUGUACAUAUUUAUGGGAGAUUGCUAUGGUGCUAUCAAGCUAAACGUAGUUAGUGUAUUUAAUUAUUAAACAAGGGGUCGUCGCCCUCAAAAUACCGAACACGCUGCAUUGAUUAUGGCUAUCAAAAACACACUCCUCUAGUCAGUAAACCAAUUUUGAUAAUCUAAUUCAUUCUGAAAUAGCCGGUUGCUAUAGUAAGUAAGCGACAACGUCCUAAUCUCAAACGGACUUCCACUGAUAGAAUGUUACAAUUACGUGGAGAUCCGUGUUUUUCUACACAUUGUGGAACUAAGGUCCCAGAUGCAAAGGUAAUUGCUGGGUCAAGGCCAGAUAACACUACUAUAUAUGAAUGGUUAUUUAGGUAAAAUAUUGGGAAAUUGGUUGUGCGAUUAUCAUGUUCAUAUAGUUUAGAAAUUGCAUACAUUUGUCAGUAUUACCUUUGCUAGUGGAUUUGUAUACCGACAGGCUUCAAAUUGUGUUCACAAACUACACAAUAUAGCAUGCUUUAACAUAGCAAAACACCCAAAACAAUUUAUAGGAAAUAUUUAUUUGAAGAUGUAGUAUCUUUAAGCUGUAUAGUUGGCUCAGGAGUUCGGCAUUCGAAGACGUUAAUCUAGAAUGUUAACACAAAUUGAUGUGUUUAGAUAUUGCUUCGAUUUCUUACCAUGAUGUGAUGAGACAAACACAUUGUUGUACCUCGUGUUUGAAUCCAUGUAUGCUGGGCAGCGUUCCAGGAUACAAUGCUAGUCCUCGUUGGCAACUUGAGUGUACGUGUGACUUCCAUGCUGUCGUCCCAAUCCUCACCUGUACAGUAGGUCUAUCUAGGAGCACUCCUUACAUCUUCUCAUGAAGCACCACACAGUCAACUAGCUAAACGGUUCAAUGUUCAGUAUAUAAUACAGAGUGUACUUGAUUUGUGAUAACAAUGAUGCAAGUUGUACUAUUAAGUACAUAUUUCUGAAGUUAUGAUUUGACCAUUUUGAUUAUAAAUAUAUUCUGAUCAAUAAAGCUAAGGAUCGUGAUUUUAUUUGGGUGUUUUUAUGACAUUGUGUGCAAUGUCUUUGUGCCGCAAAUAUUCUGAUACCUUUUUUGUUCGGUCUAUUUUUGUUUUGGGUAAAUUCCGGCUACUGCAAUUGCACAAAAUCACUGCCUUGACAGGCAAUGUUAACUUACGUUUUUAUGAUAAUUUAUUAUUAGUUUGUCUUGGAAUAUUUUUGUUUUAGAAACUACCAUGCGUGUAUUAUAUGCUCAGUGAUGUUGUUGGACGAACCCCUCCUUCAGUAUUCUUCGUUAUUUAUUUCUUCAUCAGUUGAAACUGAUAUCUUUGUAUAUUCCCACCAUCUUUCACUGUCUUGUUGAAAUCAUCCAUGGCAAAUUGUAGAUAAUAAACUAUGUAUAUUUAAA